AUGGCUUCGGGGCUUAUAGUUAGAGAUGAGGGAGUUAGAGAGAUACAGAGAUACUCGGAGAACAACGUGUACAGGAGAAAAACCUUCAAAGGUUCAAAGAAUAAAGUUAACGAUGUUCCUCGUGCUAGUUCUUCAUCUGCUGCUACCACCACAGUCACUGCUGAUGGAACGAAGGAGAACGGAAACAAUAAUAAUGUUUCUGUUCAGCAGCCGGAUCGGGUUACGGCUCCCGAGGAUGUGAAUUCGCCUCGUCCUGUAGUAAAUUCUAGGUUGGAUGUGGUUUCUGAAGACUUGUCUAGUUUGAAUUGUCGGCAGGAUGAACAUUUCACCCUUGACGUUCAGCUGGAAGAUGCUCCUGGUUUGCUAGAACCGUCUUUGAGGAACUGUGGUAGUAAGCAGGGGGUGGAGAAUGGUGUUAAUGAUGGUCUGACUUUGCGGUCGAAGCAGCAGACACGGGAGAUUAGGAGGAGGCUUGAGAGCAAGCUUGAAACGGUGAGAUCUUUGGUGAAUAGGAUUGAGGAGAAGCAAGGGAUGGUUGGGAUGUAUGGUGGUAAUUUGAAUAUGUCGGUGGGUUGGGAUCCUCAUAUGGUUAAUAAUGGCGGUGGAGCUAAGCGCACUCACUCUGAGGUAGUAUGUGUAGGUGUUCCGAGAGAGCCUACUAGGCCUUUACGCCAGUUAAGUGUGAUGGUGUUAGAGAAUAGUCAAGGGGUUAGUGAAAUUAUUGAAAGGGAGAAGAGAACACCCAAGGCAAACCAGUUCUAUUGCAAUUCAGAAUUCUUGCUUGCAAAAGAUAAGUUUCCGCCUGCAGAGAGUAACAAGAAGUCAAGAUUGAAUGGAAAGAAGCAUGGCAGGGGAGAAAUGGGACACGGGCUUGGGGUAGUAUCAAAAUAUUUGAAGAGCUGUAGCUCAUUGCUUGAAAAGUUGAUGAAACACAAGCAUGGUUGGGUGUUCAAUAAACCAGUUGAUGUUGAAGGUCUUGGUUUGCAUGAUUAUUUUAUUAUCAUCUCACAUCCAAUGGACUUGGGUACUGUGAAGUCGAGGCUGAACAAGAAUUGGUACAAAUCUCCCAAGGAGUUUGCGGAGGAUGUGAGACUUACUUUUCGUAAUGCCAUGACAUAUAAUCCUAAAGGACAAGACGUUCAUAUAAUGGCGGAGGAGCUAUUAACAUUGUUUGACGAAAGGUGGGCUAUUAUAGAGGCAAAUUACAAUCAUGAAAUGAGGUAUAUCAUGGAUUAUGGGCCAGCUGUUUCUGCACCUUCGCCUCUGUCUAGAAAGACUCCUGCUUUCCGGCCACCACCUCUUGACAUGAGAAGGAUUCUGGACCGGGCAGAAUCAAUGACAAAACCUCCAAAACCCAUGAACUUUACUCGUUCAGCUCGAACUCCUGCUCCCAAAAAGCCUAAAGCUAAUGAUCUUCAUAAAAGAGACAUGACAUAUGAAGAGAAGCAAAAACUUAGCAUGCAUCUUCAGAAUCUACCUUCUGAUAAACUAGAUGCUAUUGUACAGAUCAUGAAGAAACAAAAUUCAGCACUUUCCCAACAUGAUGAUGAAAUUGAAGUGGACAUUGAUAGUGUGGAUGCAGAGAUUCUUUGGGAGCUUGAUAGAUUUGUUACCAACUAUAAGAAAAGUUUGAGCAAAUACAAGAGGAAGGCUGAACUUGCUAUUCAAGCUAGAGCUGAGGCUGAGCGAAUGGCCGAGCAGAGGAGCCAAGCACAACACGAUAUUGUUGAGGUCCCUAGAGAAAAACAAGCAGAGGAAAGAAAUGCUCCCCCAUCCUUGCCCGUGCAAGGGGAAAUUCAAGUGGAUAAUGGGAGUAAGACAAGUAGCUCAAGCAGCUCAAGCAGUGAUUCUGGCUCUUCAUCAAGUGAUUCUGAUAGUGACAGCUCCUCAGCGUCUGGGUCUGAUGCAAGGUCACCGUGA